ACACGCUGAGACGUCGCUUACGUCCCUGCGCAUGUGCAGUGACCUGAGCGGACUGUACAGGGCGUGGCCUAAGUGUGGACGCUCCGCGCGUGCGCUCACCUCGCUUCUUGUGGCUGCAGCUGGGAGGCUACUGGAGUAUGUCGGCCCCGUUUGAGGAACGCAGUGGGGUGGUUCCUUGCGGGACGCCGUGGGGUCAGUGGUACCAGACCUUGGAGGAGGUGUUCAUUGAAGUUCAGGUGCCGCCAGGCACUCGCGCCCAGGAUAUCCAGUGCGGCCUGCAGAGCCGGCAUGUGGCGCUGGCCGUGGGUGGUCGCGAGAUCCUUAAGGGCAAACUCUUUGAUUCUACAAUAGCUGAUGAGGGAACAUGGACUUUGGAGGACAGAAAAAUGGUCCGUAUUGUUCUUACAAAGACAAAGAGAGAUGCAGCAAAUUGUUGGACUUCUCUUCUAGAAUCUGAAUAUGCAGCUGAUCCUUGGGUGCAAGACCAAAUGCAGAGAAAACUUACAUUAGAAAGAUUCCAGAAAGAAAAUCCUGGUUUUGACUUCAGUGGAGCAGAAAUCUCAGGAAACUACUCUAAAGGUGGACCAGAUUUCUCAAAUCUUGAGAAAUAACCACUACUUUUUUUUUGCUGCAUUCUGUGGAUCUCAGCAGAUGUUGCCAACUUAAUCAAAGGAACAGAUUAUGUGAUGGAAGGAAAAUGUGGAUACCUGCAGUUAACAAAUUGCAAAAUAUAUUUAACUAUGGUUCUAAAAAUUGUAUUCAAAUAUGAAUUACAUAGGAAAAAUCUUAAAUACUGUGGAAGCUAUUCUACUAAUAGAAAGUAACUUUUUUUUUGGACUUGUUUUUUUGCUCAGCAUGAAGUUUUAUAUGCUGCAUUUUACUAAUUUCAUAUUUAACCUGUAUUUUUAAUACAAAAAAAAUUAGGGUAUAGAUCAUGUGAAAUGACCGGGUGCCUUCAGGGACAAUUAAAUUUUUCUUUCAAUAAGUGUAAUGCAGGAAUAAUGAUCAAUAAACUUUUCUAAAUAGGAA